CGAGGAGUUUUGAGCCGUUGAUCUUGCAGAAGAAGGUAACGAUAUUGUAGAUCCGGAGACACCCAAUAAAAAUUUCCUCAUCAAACCGUUUUCUUUCCCGUUCUCAAAUCGAAGGCCAUCGCGACCUCUCAGAUAACUUCAACUGUUAUUUGGUAAAAGUUGAAUUUUUAUACUUUGAAAUCUUUCAAGUACAUAAUCAGCAACUAAAUGCAGGCAUCAAGGGCUAGGUUAUUCAAGGAGUACAAAGAAGUGCAGCGAGAGAAAUCAGCUGACCCUGAUAUUCAAUUAAUUUGCGAUGAUUCGAACAUAUUUAAAUGGACUGCUCUUAUCAAGGGACCCUCAGAGACUCCUUUUGAGGGUGGAGUCUUCCAGCUUGCCUUUGCUGUUCCAGAGCAAUAUCCUUUGCAACCUCCGCAAGUACGGUUUUUAACAAAAAUAUUCCAUCCAAAUGUGCAUUUUAAGACAGGAGAGAUAUGCCUUGAUAUCUUAAAAAAUGCAUGGAGCCCAGCCUGGACACUUCAGUCUGUUUGUAGGGCUAUUAUCGCUUUGAUGGCACACCCAGAACCUGAUAGUCCACUAAACUGUGAUUCAGGCAACCUGCUACGCUCGGGGGAUACCAGAGGAUACCAGUCAAUGGCAAGGAUGUAUACUAGACUUGCAGCAAUGCCCAAGAAAGGCUGAAUUUAGUGCUGUUUAAUGUUAUGAAUCAUGAAAGGAUUUCUUCACCUGCAAGAUUGUAUCCGAGGAGAGAUGAGGAAUGUUCAUAUGAGGAAACACAAGCAGAUGAUGGGUUAAAAAAUUAUGUCUCCUUCACAAGGUGGGGUUGCCAAGGAAAUGCACUCGUAAGAUCAAAGUAGAAAUGAUAUAAGAGGAAAAAUCAGCUAGAGGAUACAAUCGACUUUCAUUGCUAUGAUAUUGGUUGUACUAUACACACUGUUUAUUUAAAUAAAAAAAAGAUAAUAUGUUAUCGAUUGCAAUGCA